AUGACUCGCUCUGUAUAUGACAUUCCAGUCAAAACCAUUGACGGAACAGAAACCACUUUAAACCAGUACCAGGGUAAGGUUUUGCUGGUGGUCAACGUCGCUUCUAAAUGUGGCCUGACGCCGCAAUAUGAAGGUUUACAAAAACUGUAUGAUGACAAAAAAGCUGAAGGUCUGGAAAUUCUGGGCUUUCCUGCCAACAACUUUUUGGAGCAGGAACCAGGCAGUGAAGCCGAGAUUCAGGAAUUCUGUUCG